AUGUCAUUAUUACCAACUCUAUUUUCUCACUGGUGGGAAGACUUGGACCGUCCUCAUCGUCUGUUCGACCAACACUUUGGUACAUCACUGAGUCCCCAAGACCUGACUCGCGUCUACGACGAUGAACCGAGCAUCAUGGUGCUUCGCAAUCCUAGACGUCAUCUUCACCACAACUACCACCCGUACGAGAAGACCAUCGCCCGCAGAUCCGGCGGCUCAUCAGUCCUGCAAGCAGACAAAAACAAAUUCCAAGUCAACUUGGACGUCCAGCAGUUCACUCCAGAGGAGAUCAACGUUAAAGUAGUCGGACGUCACGUCAUCGUCGAGGGUAAACACGAGGAGAAGCAGGAUGAGCACGGCUGGAUCUCUCGGCAGUUCUGUCGCAAGUACUUGGUGCCAGAACAGUGCGACUUGGAGCAGCUUCAGUCUCAUCUGUCUUCUGAUGGAGUCUUGAGCAUCGUCGCUCCCCGUAAGAAGGCUCUGGAGGAUAAAAAUGAACGAGUUAUUCCUAUCACUCAUACGGGACAACCAGCUAUCACCACUGAAGCCAAAGCUGAAGCUUCUGGGUCCAAGGAGUCUUCAAGUCCUGGUAAAACUCAUGCCACUCGGGCUCAGGACAAAGCUUCUAAAACUGUCAAGGCUGCUUAA